AGCAGCACCCACCUCUCAAACAGUAGACAAAUUAAGCCAUGACUUUGAAGGAUAAUUGGAAUGCAGAUGCGUAUUCUUCGAACGCAGGAUUCGUUCCCGUACUCUCGUCCGCAGUUGUCGGAUUGCUUGAUCCGCAGCCGGAAGACCAUAUCUUAGACCUUGGAUGCGGUGAUGGUGUUUUGUCAUGUACGUUACAAGACCGAUGUGCACGUCUUGUUGGCGUUGACCCGAGCCAUAAGCUUAUCACUCGUGCUAAGGAACUUGGUUUGAAGGAGACCAAAGUUGCUGCCGCUCAGGACCUUGUCGACAUCGAGGAGCUACAGAGGGGGACGUUUGACAAGGUCUUUAGUAAUGCGGCCCUACACUGGGUAUUUGGAGGCGAUCCAAGUCAGCGUGAUGGCGUGGUAAACGGCGUGCGGAAUGCCUUGAAACCUGGAGGGCUCUUCGUUGCAGAGUGCGGCGGGUUUGGCAAUUGUGCCGAAGUCCACUCGGCCUUGAUCAGCGCCAUGGUUCACGUUUGCGGUGUUACUUAUGAGGAAGCGCAAGGCCUUUCGCCGUGGUGGUUCGCAACCGAACAAGGAAUGUCAAGCUUGUUGAAAAGAAAUGGAUUCAAGGUUACGCAUACAAGUUUGACGCAUAGACCUACUGAACUGCCAAAGGAUAAGACCGCGAAAGCCUGGGUGGAAACAUUCGGAUUUCCUUGGCUCGAUGCAGCAGACAAGAAAGGACCAAGCUACAGGCAUAAAAUUCUCGAAGAAGUUGAGGAAGCCUUAAGGGCAGUUGCUAGGCGAGAAGAAGAUGGGGUAUGGAUUGUGAACUACAUACGAUUGAGGUUUGUUGCGGUAAAGGUAUAA